UUCCGAUUUCAUUCUUUUCAUUUUGGCGUAUUUCUCUGAAACUGGAGAGACGGAUGGAUAAGGAAGAGAGGGACACGUUCACGUUAAAAACAACGCAGAAACCCCAUCUCCAUGCAAAUCCUCGCCUUCAUCUCCCCAACGCGUGUCACUCUCUCUCUCUCUCUCUCUCUCUCUCUCUCUCUGCUUCGCCUGAUUUUGAUCUGCAAAUUGUGAUACCAUCGUUCUCUUCUUCGCCUAAUCUCAGCAGGAUGGAAGGCCCAGCCAUGGACUGGAAGAAUGAGGAAUAUCCUUCCGAAGAAGGCGGUGGCAAGAUGGGUUGGAUUUGGAGCAACGGGAUGAGUUUGGGGAAGAAGUUUCUUACAGCAGGUGUUGUAGUGUCUUCUGCGCCAUUCGUAGUUCCUCCUCUUGUCAUUGUCUCAAUGUUUGCGAUGAUCUCCUCGGUCCCUUACUGUCUCUUCCUGGCGAGCUAUGCUUGUACCCAAAAGUUGAUGAACGCAUUGCUCCCCUCUCCCAGUUACUUUGGCGGAAAUGAAGAAACUGUAGGCAUUGAGAAUGAUGAAUGUGGAUAUGAGGAGGGUGUUAUGGAUGACAGCAAGCAUGGUCAUGUAGAUGUCGAUGGAGAAGGCGAUGAAACUUCCCUUGGUGAGGCCGGACCGGUUCUCAUUCAGAUUGAAGGAGAGGAUGUAACCGUGACAAAUAUGGGAGAAGAUCCAACCCUUAAAGUAACCGACAGAGUCGUUGCUGUAUAUGAUCGCCCUGUUGCGUCGGAGAACGAGGAGACGGAGAAAGAGACGAAGAAAUUAGUAGAGAGUAUUAGGGAUGAGGUUCGAACCGAUGAGGUGCAUGGAAGAACUCCUGAGAAAGUUUUACAAGAGGAUGAAAAGCCGAUAGGUUCUAGAGAUGCCGAGUCAGAGAGGACAAGGGUUGAGGAUGUGGCCGAAAAGAAGGAAAGGCAUGAGACUGAAAAUGUUGGUGAAAAGGGUGAAGCUAAUACACAGAAGCUGGAUGAACAUGAAGGGGAACUCGAGCCCACGGUAACUGAAACCUCUAACUCUGCAGGGAAGCAUGAGGAGACGACUCAGAAUGAGCCACUAGACCGAGCUGUAGAUGCGCCACGUUGAGCCGGGGAAGAGAAACGAAAAAACAGUAAUAAGAGAAAGAAGAAAACUGGACGUUCAGGUGGUGGUGAACAAUGAAGAACAGAUAUGGGAGAAGAUUGAUGCAGUGAGGAAGAUACUUGUGGUGAAGAGUUGAAGGCUGUUUAUGUUUUUCACAGGAGCGGAGCCUCCGACACUGACGUCACCUUCCCUCAAGAACAGUGUUGGUUUUGCACAAAUCAGUGAUGAACAUAGUCUUCUGAUGUCUGUUAUCGGAACAAAGUAGUUUGGUCGUGUUCUCUCCUUCAGUGGCUUUUUGUGUUGCUGCCAAAAAUGUGUGUGGAAGUAUCAGAGACUUGGUUAUUUGUAUUUGGUGACCAGAAAACACAGGACUUGGAGUAUUGUAGUGUGCUGUAUUGCUCUUUGUCUGUGGAUGAUAUCAUGAGACGGGUCUCCGUAAGUAUUCGCUAGUUCA